CUUUUCAGAGAAGUGAGAUGGAUGGCUUGGAAGGUUUCGAGUUCUUCGAGAUCAUAAUUGAGAAAUCUUGCAGUAGGCAGAGGCUGCCCGACAAGUUUGCGAAGAUGCUCGCCGGUCGUGAGCCCCACAAAGUGAAGCUGCGGGAGGCCGGCAGCAGGCGUCGCCGGAUGUGGGACGUGGUGGUGGUGUUCGACGGCGAAGGCCACAUGUACCUAGGGCCCAGCUGGGAGCAUUUUGCCCACGCCCAUGAGCUGCAGCUCGGGCACUUCCUUGUCUUCCGCUACGAUGGCGACGCCAUGUUCACCGUGAAGAUGUUCGACAACACCAUGUGCCAUAUGUACUACCAGCGCGACGACGAUGCCAAUAAGCUCUCUGCCUCUCUUCUUCCUGUCCUUUUGGCUUCCUCUACCAGCACGACGACAACACCAUGUUCACACUUUGUUGCAUUUGGCCAGGCAAUAGGAGCAGCAGCGGGGAUGGCGAGGAGCAGAGUGGGCAAGAAGAGGAGCAGAGCGGGGAUGACGAGGAGUAGUGCGGGGAUGACGGGGAGGAGACCGGGGAUAACAAGGAGCAGAGCGGGGAAGUGCAACCUAUUCUGGCUGACGACGACCUUGCCAUGGUGGUGGCUGAUGACGACCCUGCUAUGGUGGUGGCUGAGGAUGACCUCGCGAUUGUGGUGCCUGACACUGACCCUGCUAUGGUGGCUGACGACAACCUCGCGAUUGUCGUGCCUCACGCUGACCUCGCGAUGGUGGUGCCUAACAAUGACCUCGCGAUGUUAGUGGCUCCGGCGAUUCCACAGCAGGGUGACAGGAACAUGCCAAUUGUGGUAGAGGAGUACAUCCACGUCGGCAUUCGCCACUCUAAGCGCAUCAGGAGGAUGAAGGAGAAUAAGGAGAAGAACGAGUGAAGAUGUUAAGAAAUCAAGUGGCAAUGUUAAGUGGCAAUGCCAAGCUUAGUUUGAAUUUUGUGCAUGCUUAUGGAUGCUCAAGUAUGAAUAUUCAGUUUCUUAAUUAUGAAUAUUCAGUUUGGUAAUUGAUGGGAAUUGAUAUUUUGUGCAUGCUCAUGGAUGAAAGAUGAAA